UCAGUUCCAAAGCUACCUUCGCUCAAGCUGAAACUAUACAAAAUGAUCGGUUCAAAGUUUUUCUACUUGACACUCUUCGCAGUUGUCUGUGUGUCGCUCUGUGACGGACAAAUUGUUGGUGGUCACACUGAACUACAAGGAGAUGACCUACAGAAGGCUAUUGAGAACUUGGAUGCAGUUUUGGCUAAGCUGUCUACCGGCGAUGGACCCAGCUACAAAGCUAUUAAGGUGAUCAAGGUGACAACUCAGGUGGUUGCUGGUUCCCUCGAGACCUACACCGUGGAAUUGGACAAAUCGGGUGCUUCCAAGCAGUGCACAGUUAAGGUCUGGACUCAGCCCUGGCUCAAGGAGAACGGCACCAACGUAACGGUCGAGUGUGAGGGUGACGAGAAGGUUGAUUCUACCUGGUAAACAAAUCGUCAGAUCAGUUCAACAAUAAUCCGAUGAUGUGAUGCAACAGCUACUUCAAUAAAAUUGAUUUCAAUCUUGAACGUAA